AUGGCAAAGAAAAAAAAACAAAUUCAUGUGAACAUAAUUGACCUGCAAAAGUACUAUCAGAAAGAUGACCUCAUAAUUGAUGCAAAGCUACCUGAACCCAACAAAGCGGACGAGAGAAGGAAGAAAAUUUUUGAACAAAAUGAGUUUGUUCAGAACAUUGAAUGGCGGGUUCUAGAUGCAGAUAACCAAAAUAACAAAGGCAAUGAAAAUUUUAAUCGGAGAGAUGAUAACAGGAAUAAGAAUGCUCCAUUUGAUAAAGACCAUGGGAGGAAGGGCGAAUUCUCCCCCCACCUGGGCCACAGGAGCAAGAGUAGGCAGAACGGUACGGGUAGCGAUGAGGACGAAGACGUGGACUUUGCAAAUCUUAGAAGCAGGCGACAUGAUGACGCGGACUUUGCAAAUGUUAGAAGCAAGAGAGACGAUGACGUCGAUUUCUCCAACCUAAGAAAUAAAAGGGACGAGGACGACAUCGACUUUGCAAACCUCAGAAAUAAGAGGGACGAUGAUGUGGACUUCUCCAACCUAAGGAGCAAGAGGGACGAUGAUGUGGAUUUCACAAAUAUAAGAAAUAAGCGAGACGAUGACGUGGAUUUCACAAAUAUAAGAAACAAGCGAGACGAUGACAAAGAGGCCGACGAAAGGGCAAAGAAAGAGGCCGACGAAAGGGCAAAGAAAGAGGCCGACGAAAGGGCAAAGAAGGAGGCUGAAGUAAAGGCCAAAAAGGAAGCGGAAGAAAAGGCCAAAAAGGAAGCAGAAGAAAAAGCCAAAAAGGAAGCAGAAGAAAGGGCCAAAAAGGAAGCGCAAGAAAAAGCCAAAAAGGAAGCGCAAGAAAAAGCCAAAAAAGAGGCCGAGGAAAAGGCCAAAAAAGAAGCGGAAGAAAAGGCAGCUAACGAUGCGCAGGAUAAAGACGCCGAAGAGACCGCCUUGAACGGCGCGAAGCAGCCCACCCCUGUGGACGUCGCCAAACCGGCCGACCAAGCGGGCGAGGAAACGCCAAAGAAGAAGUUCGUUCCGAAGAGAGUCAUAAUGUACCAGCUAGAGCAAAAGGAAAAGGAGGAGCGAAACCAGAAGCUUCUAGAGGAACAGAAAAAGCAGAGGGAGAUGAAGUUGCAGCUGCUUAAGAGCAAAAGCCAAGGGUUGUCAACGUUUAUACCCACGGCGAAGCUGUUGCACAUGGAGGCCCAAAAGGAGAUAAAACAAAAUGAGGCCAAGAAGGAAGUGUUCGGUGGAACAGAAGAUGGCUCCAACAAAGCAAUCGCUUUUGGUAACGCGGCCGCCCCCGGCAAAGCAGCCACGCCCAGUAAAGCAGACGCCCUGAUAUCUGAAGGCACCCCUCACAAAAUGGACACUGUGGUAGGAGCAGGAGGAAGUAUCUCCCCCAAAAUGAGACCCACCAAUGAACAAAGGAAAAGCGCCACGCUGAUUAAACGAGGCAGUCAGGUAGAACAAAAAAAUGUAAAAAGCAUAAUUGAAGAAAUUGCAGAAAAAACAGAAAACGCAAAAAUAAUUGAAAAAAUGGACAUUGAGGAAGUGACGAAGAAAAGACGAGAAGAGUUGUACAAAAAGCAGCUCGAAAAAAUUACAAAAAGAAAUGAAGAGAAUGAAAAAUAUAAUAAUAUAUACAAGCAUGACUUGGCUAGUAUCAAGACGUUUUACUUGAAAGUGAAGAACAGAAUUGAGGAUGACCAAUCGAUCAGCCAAGAUGAAUGCGUGGACCUGUGUUCCCUCCUCCAGACGCACGAAUGCAACUACCUGGAGAGCCACGUGCCCCUUAUCGUAACCAUAACUGUUUUUAUUUUAAGCCUCACGCAGAAGUGUGCGGAUGAGGUGUACAUGAAGAAGGCGGCCAAUUUGAGGCUUCUGUUUCUUUACCUGAAGGAGAGUAGCAAAAUUGAGAACCACGAGGAAUACAUCCUAAACGACGUUGUAAAGAUUUGUGAUGAACUGAAGUACCCGCACCUGUCUGAGGAGACCUCCCUGGUCGAAGCUGCCUUUGACGCCCUUCUCUUCACCGGCGUUAUCUCCAAGGGGUCAUUUGUGAAGUGGUUUGACGAGGACAACUCCGACUCGGAGCUGAAGAGCAAAGCCAUGCUGCAGCUGAUCUAUUGGCACAAAUGGCUCACCGAGGAAGAACCACAGGAUGUUGAUGAUGAGGAGGAGGAAGCUGAAGUGGACAUGGAAGAAGAGGAAAAAGCGGAAGCUGAAAAUGAGGAUGUCAUGAAGGAGAACCUCCCCAAGAGUUAUUUGUUCAAAAAGAUAAAAAAGAAAAUAUUCUGA